GGCGCUGAGCCGCAUCUCACUCUCCAAAAAUACCUUUCAUUUCAUCCACGCAGCAGCAGGAGAGGCAUCGCCUGCAGCGCAAGUCGCCUGCUCUGCACUGCAAAGGAGGGGAGGAUUGGAUCCCUGCACUGCAAGCACGGGAAGCUAUUUUUUCCAUGCCGCUUUCAGUGCCAGCAUCGCGCAUCCUGGCCUGACCUGACCUGUUGUUACUCCCGGUCAUCAGUGGCUAACAGCAACCGCGAUCAAAAUGGCAAAGCGACGCCUCGAGAAUCCCUGUCCGGAAAGGAACACACGGACACCAAAACGAGGGGAGGGAUUGGCAUCUGAAUUCUGAAAACCGUUGGAGGCAGCCCCAUGUUUCGUUGUCAGGGAUCGCUGGGAAACGCCAAUACCGCUGCCUUAUCUUCAGAAGACGAGGCCGCCGGAGCCCACGAAUCGUGACGUGCCCACCCCCGUUCCGAGCACCAGCCACUAGCAUCAAACAACAAACAGGCACCGGCACCAGCGGAUAGUAGACACGCGCGCCGUGCCGGUCUCCCUCCUCCUGUCACGUCUCCAAUCUCCAUCUUUUCUGACGACUCCUCGUCACUCCACCGAGCUUAUCUUCCUCCCUUCCCUACACGUCAAGAACCUUGUGACACCUCCUCAGCCUUUAGCCUCUUGGUACCCUAUAAAUCCCAGCCUCCCUCGGCUGUUCACCUGUCCAACUACAAGCAAGAGCAGAAGAGACACCACGAAAGGAACCGAGAGAGAGAAAAAAAGCUUCAUCUUUUGGAGUUUGUUGCGAGUCAGCACAUGAGGAUCCACCCAGCAGCAGCUCCCACCGGCGGCAAGAAGGACCUCCGCCGGCUGCCGCACGUGUACAGCAAGGUGCUGGAGCUGCCGCUCCCGGCGGACACCGACGUUGAGGUGUUCGAAGGCCCCGACGCCUUCCACUUUGUCGCCGCCGGCGCGCGUGGCACCGGCAUGGUGCAGGUCCGCACCGUGAGGAUCCACCCUGGGGUUACCAAGGUAGUGGUGCGGGCAGGAGGCACCGGAGGUGGUGAUGAGCCUGGCGCCGACGACAUGGAGCUCGACAGGUGGCGGUCCCGGCUGCCCGAGGCGAGUUGCCCGGCCAUGGCGGUGGCCGGGUACGUCGACGGGCAGCUCGUUGUGACGGUGCCAAAGGGGCGUGGCGGCGAUGAAGGCGCCGAAGGCGGCCAAGGUGAGGUCACCUGGAGGUGCUGCAGCGGAGGAAAGAUUAGUGGAAGACUGGUAGUUGUACAGUAGAAGUAGGCACUCUACUAUCUAGUAAUGUCUUGCCAUCUUUGUUUUUUUCUGAAGAUGGGCUGUUUAUUGUGCCUUGCCUGGCCUUAGUAAUAGAUGUUUCAUGAGCUACCUUCUUGCUGGUUCUUAAGCAUAUAGAAGCAGCUACUGUAAAUUCCCUUUGGUUUCCAUGAAAUCAAAUGUAAAUUCUAGAUAGACCUGUGACUUUGAGAUGCCCUUCCUUAUCUUGAUGUGCCCACUUGAUGCAACUUGGAUUUUAUCGUGGUAGAUAAGGUCUGGUGGAGCAUAAUGUGUAGACCAGAUUUGGUCAGUUUUACUGUUAGCA